AAUAUGUAUAAUGCAGAUAUCAGAUAAAAUCUUUAUUUAGAAGACACGAACAGAACGUCAUCAUAGAAGUGAUACAUUUCCGUCACGAUCAUACUACUCUUUGUCGUUCAGUAUUCAAACGAGAUGUAUAAGAUUUUCAUAGUUCAAGGAAUAAAUUAUGAUAAUCACCAUACCUUUUCUUUAUUUAUCAUGAAUUUGAGGCUUUUUUGUCUAGGCUAACAAAACAGCCUCAAAUAUGGAAAAAAUCGUUUCUCCUGGUUACAAAACUGUCAAAAAAUACAAUCAAAGGAUUAAUGCACAAUCUAUCACUGUGUUAAUCACGUGCCCCACGAAGUGACAUACUCCGUGACAGAAAAAAAGAUUAUGCAAAAGCUAACGGAAAAAAGCUGAACAAAACAAUAUCUGCUACAUUAAAUAAUGAAAGUCAUGGUUUGUAUUUCAUUUUCACAAAACGCAAACACAAUUUAGUUUUGAGGGUACGCGCUAUUCAUGAAUAGCGCCACCCCCUCUCUGGCGAUCCAGACUUGAUGACAAGUAUAAAAGCCGAGAGCAACAGUGGCGGACUGGCUUCGGGGAAGCCAACACACCUCGCGUUUUCAGUAUUAUUUGAUAGAUUCUUCGUGUGAUUUCCUUCCAAAUUUCUCUACAUUCGGCCACAACAUGGCAAAUUCACAAGCAGUGGUAAUGUAUAAGCCAUUUCCUACUUCAUGAUUACAAUUAACACCUCACAUUGUGUUCCAUAUUUGUUACAAAAUGUCUCUAAAAACAACAUACUGGCAAUCGUAAAAAGCGGGAGUGUAUUUGUAAUAAAAUAUACGCCAAUUUCCCAUCUUUACCAGUACAAAUUAUACAAAUCCGUAAUGGAUGAUGUCAUAACAAACGUCCGAGAGGCCUUUCUGGAUGAAGGAGUAGAUGAACAAGUCCUCCAGGAACUGAAGCAGAUCUGGGAAAGCAAAUUGAUGAUGACCAAAGCUGUGGACCUGACCCCCCAGCCCCUCCCUCAGACAGAGGACAGCAGCAGACAGCGGGAAAAGGCCAGGGGCGGGGCCUCAUCUUCGGGGAGUGGUCAUCUGCCAGCCCAGCUGCAGCUUCAGGCCCAGCAGAGAACGGCAGCUGUGGGCAGCAGUGUCCCCCAGCAGCAAGGUAGCCAGGCAUUCCAAAUAUCUGGUGCAACUACACAGCUUAGUUCAUCAGCUGCUGCAGCCACGUUAGCCUUUCAGCAAGGGGUGUUGCAGCUACCCCACCAGUUGACCACCCUUCCAGCUGGACUGACAUUAGCCCAGCCACAGGCAGGAGGGACCCAGACUUUUCCGGCCUACACGUUAAGCCAACCCCACGGCGCCUUGCAGGCCGGGGCAUACCAAGCCGUCCUGCCCAAUGGCCAGACCGUGAUGAUCCACCCGUCUCCCCAGACGACCCAGACCCAGCCGCCGCCACCGCAGCAACAGCAGCAACAGCAACAGUCCCAGCAGGCACCAGGCACCAUCAACUUGACCACAGUGCAGGCCCGCGUUCUGCAGGUAGAUGGAGCGAAUGACACCUCGGACGAGGAAGAGGAUGAGGAGGAAGAAGAGGACAACGAGAACGAGGACGAAGAGAAUGAGGACAAUGAGUAUGCGAAUGAUGUGGAAGAGGAAUCCUUGAAUAGUGAUGAUGAUGUCAGUGAUGAAGAUCCAGAGGAGCUUUUCGAGACUGAAAAUGUUGUCGUGUGCCAAUAUGACAAGAUCAAUAGAAGUCGAAACAGAUGGAAGUUCCACCUGAAAAAUGGGAUAAUGAACCUGAAGGGCCGAGACUACGUCUUCUUCAAAGCCAGCGGAGACGCAAACUGGUAGUUGGCCCAUCCCGUGGUCCUAAACAAAUAAAUAGCCCCCACCAUCCCAACUCUCGUAACUCCACCUCUCAUGUGGUGUCAACAGUGCAAUUUGGGGCUCAUUUUGUUUGUUGUCAAACCUCCAUUCCAUGUCAAUAUUUUUUUUUUCGAUGAGAGGGCAUUUGAGGGAAAUGUCUUCAUUUGGGAAAAAAUGGAAACUACUCCUGUGUCUGUUUCCUUUUGGUCUCUUUUUCUAUUUUCUCAUAAAAAAGUCCUGUUUAUUUCGUUUAACUAACAUUAUAAAACGAGAUUGAAUGCCAGACUUGUACAAUAACCUUUUGUGGAUCUGAAAACACAAGUCGCAGGCAGUACUUGUCUCCGUUUGGAUUUCAUGAUAAGAAUGUAUAUACUGUAAUUUGUGAACAAA